AUGUCAGAGGCGGCGCAGGCCGCUGCUUCCGAUCCGCCCACCUCCAUCGCCUCUCCCACCUCGCUUCCUGUCGCCGCCCCGUCACCCCUUCACCCCGCCGUGCCGCGAUCUGUUGUCUCCGCAUCCUCCGAUCCCCCCAUUUCCCGAUUCCCCCCAUCUCCCCAUACCGCCAUCUCCCCAUCUCCCCAUCUCCCCAUCCCCCCAUCCCCCCAUCCCCCGAUUCCCCCAUCCGCCAUCCUUCAUUGCGUGCGCCAUCAGGUCGGAGGCGAUUCGCCCCGCCAUCUCCCGAUCCCUCGUCCCCGCAACCUCCCAUCAACCCAUCCCCGGAUCCCCCAACCCUCCCCGCCAACCCCUCAUCGCGUGCGCCAUCAGGUCGGAGGCGAUCCGCCCCGCGCGGCGAUUCUCCAAGGCGCCCGACUUCUGGCUGCUCUCGCCGCUCCUCUACGCGCCGCUGCUACCCCUCAGUACCGAUCUCCAUCCCUCAGUGCCUCCCACUCGGAUCUAUUCCCGUCCUUCCCUCCCACUCCUGCUCGACGCACCAUUGCUGAUGCUGCUUAG